GCACAACGUAUUGUAUGUUGCGUGUAGGUGACUCUCACUUUAUAUAGAGGCACCCCUUCUAAGUAGUGAGGGCGGGAGUACUGCUUCGUGAGUGUAAUUCAAAAACUAGAGCAUUUAGUGUUUCGUACUGAUCGAUACCAUUCAACCACACCGACUAUCAACACCUCAAGAUGUUUCAACGUCUCUUCAAUUCUACGAAAUGGAUAUGGUGUUUCUUCAUUAUCAGUGCCGGAUCAACAUGGAGUCCAGUUGACGCUGUGUCUAUUCCAACGCAAAAUAAACCAUCCACUAUAGAAGCUCAAGCGAAAUUCUUCCAGGAUUUUUUCUCAGUACAGUUGAGUCCUUACAAGAUAGAAUUCGGUCAUGUUUGUGAAGACCCGAACAAUUGGGAGCAGCGGUACGAGAAGAAAGACUUUAAGAACCACAGGGAUAUGGGAAAAGUACGAUGGGGCGAUAAGAAAGGUGGAUAUGGAGAACAUUACUGGGAUUUAAAUCAUGCAGGCCAUGUAGAAAAUCACGGUAAUGAUGAUGGCUACGAUAGUGAAUCAGAUGACGGGUCAUAUCAUGAAGAUCCUCAGGACACAAAUAAUGAAUCACAUGAACAAUCGCAACACUAUAAAAUAGACGAAUAUAAUCCUGAUGAUACUAAAAAUAAUUAUGAAGAAAACGGAAGGGCUAAGAGGGCACAUGGAAAAAUAAAAUCCCAUCAAAACGAUCAUGACAAAGUUGACAAUGAACAGAAACGGCUUCCGAAGGAAACAAUACAAGUAAAUGAUGAAGAAAAACUUGAAGAAAAUGUUAAUGAAGAAGAAGUAACAAAUAGACCAUUUAAAAUCAAGCCAAAAAGACGCCUUCGUCAACAAUAUGUCACGGAAGCUCCGCAAAACAAAGAGAAAAAUAACAUUGUCUUGGUGAUUAAGCAUAAACAAAAUGAUGAAAAAGUAGAUUUUCCUAAACAAUCAGAACCAAAACAUUUUGUGCCCAAUGAAGGCGGAGCUGGAAUAAGACAACCCGUUCCUCCUGAACUUGUAGCAUCUGCUUCGAUACCUAGACUUUUUCUAGACCAAUCUACCGGUUAUGUUAUUGACCGAACAACAGGACAAGCAUUUAUGUUGCAACCAAUACCUCGUAAUAUUCACCAUAGUUAAAUAAAUAUUUAAAUUUAAUAAGCUUAGCAUAAUAAGAUACAUUUUGUUAUUAUUUAUUAAAUAAAAUUUUGACUGAA